AUGGGCUUCGGAUCAUCAAAACCCAAGAACAAGCCGUCCAAAGCUGAUUCAAAGAAUUCUCCAUCAGAUCCAACGGGGGCAGGAAAUAAUGAUUUGGAAAAGGCCUUUGCGAAACUGCAGGCUGCAAAGGACUGCCACUCGCUGUUGAAGAAACAUCUGACAAGUGAUGUCUUCAAGAAGCUAAAGGACAAGAAGACGAAGUUGGGUGCUACCUUACUUGAUGUCAUUCAAUCUGGUGUACAGAACCUCGAUUCCGGUGUUGGUUUAUAUGCACCAGACGCAGAAGCCUACACUGUGUUUGCCGACCUCUUCGAUCCCGUCAUUGAGGAUUACCACAACGGCUUUAAGGUAACGGACAAACAACCACCAAAGGACUUCGGUGACUUAAAUACGCUGGUUGACGUUGAUCCGGAAGGUAAAUAUGUUAUUUCCACCCGUGUGCGCUGUGGCCGCAGUCUCGCCGGUUACCCAUUCAACCCAUGCCUAACGAAGGAGCAGUACGAGGAAAUGGAGUCACGUGUGCGGGAACAACUGAGCACAAUGACAGAUGAUCUGCAAGGUACUUAUUAUCCGCUUUCUGGCAUGACGAAAGAAACACAACAGCAGCUAAUUGAUGACCACUUCCUCUUCAAGGAGGGCGAUCGUUUCCUGCAAGCUGCCCGCGCAUGCGAGUAUUGGCCAACUGGUCGUGGUAUCUACCAUAACAAUGACAAGACAUUCCUCGUGUGGGUGAAUGAAGAGGACCACCUGCGCAUCAUUUCCAUGCAGAAGGGCGGGAACUUGAAGGAGGUCUUCGGCCGUCUUGUGAAGGCAGUGAACACCAUUGAAGAGAAGGUGGAGUUUUCUCGUGAUGACCGACUUGGUUUCCUGACGUUCUGCCCCUCGAACCUCGGCACGACGAUCCGCGCAAGUGUGCACAUCAAAUUACCGAAACUUGGUGCUGAUCGCGCUAAACUUGAGGAGGUUGCUGCAAAAUAUAACCUGCAGGUACGUGGAACAGCUGGUGAGCACUCUGACAGCCCUGACGGAAUUUAUGAUAUCAGCAACAAGCGCCGCCUCGGCCUAUCGGAGUAUGAAGCCGUAAAGGAAAUGCAAGACGGUAUCCUUGAGCUCAUCAAACUGGAGCAAUCCGAUGAUGCAGAGGGGAACGGAGGUGCUGACGCUGCUGGGCCAGAUGAUGGCGUAGACGGUGUAGCCACGAAUGAAAAUGAAUAA